CUACAGAACAUGGUACUGACCAGCCUGCACCCCAGUUUUGGAAAGAAUUCCGUGUACCUGCUGGACUGCCGGGCGUGUGGGGAGACGGUGUGUCGCAGGGGCAUGUUGGCCGUGCUGGUGGCAGACGGGAAAACUGAACUCUUCUCUACAGACAGAUACGACAGAAGCUCUGUGGGCGUGAUUCCUGAGGUGUUCACCACGGAAAAGUGCAAGUGCAGGAUCCAGCACCUGGGCUGCUUGAGUUGUGGGUGUGUGGUGGGCUACCACGUGGUCCUGCCCUGCAGCAAGUGUCUGUCUUCCAUCAACAACGGCCAUCACUGUAUGUUUCACAGUAGCCUCGUAUCCCACUACUACCGCCUGGAUGAAGUCGGUGGCGGCUGUCUGCUGUGGCGACAACUCAUGGGGCCGCUAGAGGAUGCUGUGCCAGCCACCGAGUGUCUCAGGUAGCAGCGGCCGGUGUCUGGUGUGUGAUGUGUGGUGUGUGAGUCUGAAUGUGUCUCUGGUAGCAACGGCUGGCGUGGGGGUCCUGGAUGUGUCUCACCGUGGUCUUGUGUGUCAUAGCAGUGUCACGGUGCAAGAGCAGCUGUACGGGCCAACAACAUAGUCAGUGAGCCGGCUGGCCCAGUAUGGGAGAGAUAUUGGACACCAAGUGUCAUGUGAUUGAAGAGAAGAAAAAACAGCUGUGUGGCUCACCGUGCCUGCGUUAUAUGUCAACCCAUAGCUAUGUCACUCUCCAUGCUGUCUUAUAUAUCUGUCUUUCCACCUCAUGUCUGUCUUUCCACCUCAUGUCUGUCUUUCCACCUCAUGUCUGUGUUUUGCCAGGACUUCAGCACCACAGGUGAACUCCAAACUCUCAAGUUGUUGUUGUUGUUGUUGUUGUUGAUUUCAGCGGGAAAGUAGCACGGGUGGUUGGAGGGCGUCCUGGUAGAUCCUACUUCUUUUCUCUGCCUUGGAUGUUUUUCUGUCCGUCUUUCUUCGUUUUCCCCAGCCAGAAAGCACUGUCAUUGUGGCUUCUCUUUGCUCAAGCUCCCAAAAGCCUCCAGUAUUGCCAGUUUUGUUGUUGAAGUGACCAGUCCUUGAUCCGCUGCUCUGUGCUGACCCCGUUGUUCUUGUGGAUUUUUGACAAUCAUUUUCACAAUCCAAAGAUUGAGCUAGACAAUUGAAACAAGACUUAAACAUAGAGAGCAGGUGCCUGUGCUGUACAAACAAUGAUGAUAAAGAUCACUUGUGUAGCAUCCACUUCCUGGUGGCUACAGGCACUUCACAAUUAAAUAAGAUUUCUAUAUAUAUAUAUACAGCUUACACAGUGAUAUGUUUCCUGCACACUGGUCCAUUCAUUGUAUAACAAUCUUUUCAAUAUUUAUUAUUAUUAAUGGUUAGGAUUGAAGUCAAUUUUUGUGAACGUUUAAGAACUUCUUAAUGAUUAGAUAGGAAAA